AUGCUAUUUUAUCUAGAACGAAUACGGUUCAAGGAAGUGGACAUCGGACUCAACUGCAUUCGUCUCAUUAGGAAAUUUUUGGAGGUUGGCACGCCGAAGAACGCCAAAAUAUGCUACAGUGCGAUUUUGUGCUUUAUGUCUCGUAAACCGGCAGAAAAUCCAAAUCGGCGAUGGUCAACGACCUUGGAAUUUCGCUCACUUAAACAAAGUGCUACGUGCAACAUGUCACGGGAAGGUGCUAAUUGA